AUGAGCCUCUCACGGGAAAAAGUCAACCAUCUUUCACAACUCCUCGUGCGGAGGCUGGAGGAAAUGCCGGAGGUGACGCUCCGCAUGCCCUCCAACACCGUGCGGCUGCAGAUCGUGGGCGCCAUCCAGGAAGCGCUCCGGCUCGAAGAGGAAGUCGACUUCGCCGUCCGGCAAACCUUGGCGUCCUAUACGCGCCGGGUCGUGGAAGGCAGCCGGGAAUGGGACGUGAUGUACCAGAAGCUCUACGAGCUGGAGUUGGACAAGCGUUAG